AUGAAAGACAAGAGGAAGAAGAAGGACCGCACCUGGGCCGAGGCUGCCCGCCUGGCACUAGAAAAACACCCCAACUCACCAAUGACAGCGAAGCAGAUAUUGGAAGUCAUUCAGAAAGAAGGGUUAAAAGAAACAAGUGGAACUUCUCCAUUAGCCUGUCUGAAUGCAAUGCUUCACACUAACACUCGAAUAGGGGAUGGAACAUUCUUCAAAAUCCCUGGAAAGUCAGGCCUCUAUGCUCUCAAAAAAGAGGGGUCGUCAUGCCCAGCUGAUGGAACGUUGGAUUUAGGCUGUGAGUCUGAACUGGAUGGCACAGAAAUGGCAGAGGCCAAUGCCAGUGGAGAAGGAAAUGGAGUUUGUGCGAAGCAGGUAACUGAUGAAGCAUCCUCCACUCGAGAUUCAAGCCUUGCUAACACGGCAGUACAGAGCAAGUUAGUGUCUUCCUUUCAACAACACACCAAAAAGGCUCUUAAACAGGCUUUGAGGCAGCAGCAGAAAAGAAGAAAUGGAGUCUCAAUGAUGGUAAACAAGACUGUUCCUCGUGUUGUUUUGACACCAUUAAAGGUGUCUGAUGAGCAGUCGGAUUCGCCUUCAGGAUCCGAAUCUAAAAAUGGUGAAGCAGACAGUUCAGAUAAAGAAAUGAAACAUGGGCAAAAAUCUCCCACUGGAAAACAAACAAGUCAGCACUUAAAACGAUUAAAAAAGUCUGGUUUGGGACACUUGAAAUGGACCAAAGCUGAGGACAUUGACAUAGAAACCCCAGGAUCUAUUCUUGUCAACACUAACUUGAGGGCAUUAAUAAAUAAACAUACGUUUGCUUCCUUACCUCAGCAUUUUCAACAAUACCUCCUGCUUUUGCUCCCAGAAGUGGAUAGGCAGAUGGGAAGCGAUGGAAUUUUACGCCUCAGUUCUUCAGCUCUGAAUAAUGAAUUCUUUGCAUAUGCAGCACAAGGAUGGAAACAGCGACUGGCCGAAGGAGAGUUUACUCCAGAAAUGCAGUUGCGGAUAAGGCAAGAAAUUGAGAAGGAAAAGAAAACAGAACCUUGGAAAGAAAAAUUCUUUGAAAGGUUUUAUGGAGAAAAGUUGGGCAUGUCAAGAGAGGACUCAAUAAAGCUUACUUCUGGACCAAACAGUGAUGGAGCUGAGAGUAGUUCUUCAUGUGGAACCGGAACCACUGGCCUCCCAGGCCUUUCUGCACAGACUCCCUUGGAAGAGCAGCAGCGAAAAAGCAUGAAAAGUCCAACUUCACCAGAGCCGGAUUUCUGUGCUAUGGUAGAUGUAGGUAAAGAUGUAAUGGCAGAAUCAGAAUCAGAAGAUAUCUUGAUCCCUGAAGAAUCUGUGAUUCAGGAGGAAAUUGCUGAAGAGGUAGAGACUAGUAUCUGCGAAUGUCAGGAUGAAAAUCAUAAGACGAUACCUGAAUUUUCUGAGGGGUCUGAAAGUCCAGCCAACUCUCACGAAGAGCCCCAAGUAGCACCUCCCGAAGAUAACUUGGAAUCCUGUGUUAUGAUGAAUGAGGUUUUAGAAACUUUGCCUCACAUUGAAGUUAAAGUGGAAGAGAAACCAGAGUCUCCCCAGGAAGAAAUGUCUGUUGUUAUUGAUCAACUAGAAGUCUGUGACUCUCUCAUUCCUUCUGCUUCAUCUGUGACUCAUGCCAGUGACACAGAAUAUAAGGAGCCAGAAGCUGCAGUAGAGAUCAAUACUCCAAAAAUAAAAACAGGGUCAUCUUCUUUAGAAGGCCAAUUUCCCGGUGAAGGAAUUGCCGUAGAUAUGGAGCUACAGAGUGAGCCUGACGAACAGCUUUCUGAAAAUGCUUGCAUCUCUGAAACUUCCUUCUCUUCCGAGAGUCCAGAGGAAGCCUGUACCAGCCUGACAUCCCCAGGAGGGGAAACCCAAUCCACUUCAGAGGAAUCGUGUACUCCAGCCUCCCUUGAGACCACAUUUUGUUCUGAGGUGUCCAGCACUGAAAAUGCAGACAAAUAUAACCAGAGAAAUCCCCCUGAUGAAAACCUUCAUGCAUCUUUGAUGUCAGAAAUCUCUCCAGUAUCCACUUCACCUGAAAUAUCAGAGGCAUCUCUCAUGUCCAAUUUACCUUUAACGUCUGAAGCAUCCCCGGUAUCAAAUUUACCAUUAACAUCAGAAACAUCACCCAUGUCGGAUUUACCUUUGACAUCAGAAACGUCUUCAGUGUCUUCCAUGCUUCUCACAUCUGAGACCACUUUUAUAUCUAGUUUGCCACUUCCUUCAGAAACCUCUCCAAUUUCUAAUUCUUCCAUGAAUGACAGAAUGGUGCAUCAGCAAAGAAAGUCCCCUUCCAUCUCUGAAGAACCACUCUCCCCACAAAAAGAUGAAGGUUCUGCCCCUGCCAAGCCCCUGGGUGAGGGCCUUCUCUCUCAACAGAAGACUCUAUCAGAUGCUCCUGAACCCAUCAAAAUGGGUUCUUCCAUUGCUCCUGAAGCAUUUCCAUGCGAAGAAUUGCACAGCAAGACUCUGAAUCAGCAGCCUUGUAAAUUACACAUUGAAACUGAGAAGCCCUACCCUGCUUCGAUUCCAGAACUUCCUUCUAUAGAAAUGAUAAAAGUUAAAAAUCAUAAUGUCCUACAAAGAACAGAGAAGAAGGGGGCAUCUUCGCCGUUGGAGUUACCUGUCUUUUCUGAAGAGACAGAGAGUAAGGGAAAUGAGCUUCCAUCAGCUAAAUUACAGGACAAACAGUAUGUUUCAUCAGUGGAUAAGGCUUCAUUUUCAGAAGGCUCUAGAAAUAAAACACAUAAGCAAGGGAGCUCACAGAACCGGUUGGAGACCUUGCAUUCUUCCAAGUUGUCAGAGCCCUCCAAGUCACCCGAUGGGAUAAGAAAUGAAAGUAGAGAAUCCGAGAUAUCAAAGAGGAAAACUGCAGAGCAGCACAGUUUCGGAAUCUGUAAGGAAAAGAGGGCUAGGAUAGAAGAUGACCAGUCGGUGCGGAACUUAUCGUCCAGCAGCCCCCCUGAGAAGGAGCAGCCCCCCAGAGAGGAGCCCAGGGUUCCACCUCUCAAGAUCCAGCUUUCCAAAAUUGGGCCACCUUUUAUUAUCAAGAGCCAGCCAGUCUCCAAAACGGAGUCUCGCGCAUCCCCUAGCACGUCGGUCGGCAGUGGGAGGAACACAGGAGCCAGGACCCUUGCGGAUAUCAAGGCCCGGGCCCAGCAGGCAAGGGCCCAGCGAGAGGCAGCGGCAGCUGCUGCUGUGGCCGCGGCGGCGAGCAUCGUCUCAGGAGCUAUGGGGAGCCCAGGAGAGGGUGGAAAGGCGAGAACCCUGGCACAUAUCAAAGAGCAGACAAAGGCGAAGCUCUUUGCAAAGCAUCAAGCCCGAGCCCACCUCUUCCAGAACACUAAAGAGUCCCGGUUGCCUGCGCUCAGCUCAAAGGAUGGGCCUCCAAGCUUAGAAGUCUCUUCUACACCUGAAACAAAAAUCGAAGGGUCCACUGGUGUGAUUAUUGUCAAUCCAAACUGCAGAUCUCCUAGCAACAAGUCAGCGCACCUCCGGGAGACCACCACUGUAUUACAGCAGUCUCUUACCCCAGCUAAACUUCCAGAAACUGCCACUGACUUAUCUGUGCACAGCUCUGACGAAAAUAUACCUGUGUCGCACUUAUCUGAGAAAAUUGUUUUAUCUACCUCUUCUGAAAAUAGCAGUGUGCCCAUGCUUUUUAAUAAAAAUUCUGUCCCCGUGUCUGUUUGCAGCACUGCUAUGUCGGGAGCAAUUAAAGAACAUCCCUUUGUGAGUUCUGUUGAUAAAUCCUCUGUUCUAAUGUCUGUUGACAGUGCAAACACUACGAUUUCCGCUUGUAAUAGAAGCAUGUUAAAAACCAUCCAGGGAACUGACACUCCGUGCAUAGCCAUUAUACCAAAAUGUAUUGAAAGCACUCCUGUCCCCCUCACGACAGAGGGCUGCAGUGUAUCGAGCCCCAUGGAUGACAAGCAGGCGCUACUGUCCAGCAGCAGUGCUAAUAACUUAGUCUCCAGUCAGUACACCUCUGUGCCAACUCCCUCCAUUGGAAAUAACUUGCCCAACCAUCUCUCCACUAGCUCUGUCUUGAUUCCCCCAACGGGAAUUAACAACAGAUUUCCUUCUGAGAAGAUAGCCAUGCCUGGGAGUGAAGAACAGGCCACCGGACCCAUGGGUACCACUGUGAGAGCCGCCCUCAGCUGCAGGGAUUCCGUAGCAGUCACAGACACUCUGGCUGCACGUCCACCUGUCGCAAUGUUUACCGGAAGCAUGCUAACAAUAAACUCUUACGAGAGUCCUCCCAAGAUGAGUGCUGAGAGCUUGGACAAAAAUUCAGGGCUUCGAAACAGGGCAGACAAUUCUGGGAAACCUCAGCAGCCUCCGGGGGGCUUUGCACCAGCAGCCAUAAACAGAUCGAUUCCAUGUAAAGUCAUCGUUGACCACAGCACCACGCUGACCUCCACGCUGUCCCUGACCGUCUCCGUCGAAAGUGCUGAAGCCAGCCUGGACCUCCAGAGCAGGUCAGUGAGGACAGAAGCCUCCGUCCAGCCCAUGGCGUGUCCUCAGGUAUCUGUCAUUAGCAGGCCUGAGCCAGUUGCAAACGAAGGCGUGGAUCACACUUCUAGUUUCCUUGCUGCUCCCGCAGCAAAGCAAGACUGUAAAACGAUGCAGGCGGCCUGCUCAGGUCUCCGAGAAGGACCCCUUGUUGUCCCAGAUAAAUUAAAUGAAGCGACUGCUCCUAGUAAUAGCUUUGCUGAGCAGGCACGUGGCUCGGCCACUUUCAAAAGUGAAGCAGACACGACCUGUAGCAAUCAGUAUAACCCAGGCAACCGGAUUUGCUGGAACGAGGAGGGGAUGAGGGGCCCAGGACAGCCCCUGGUUAGUCACUCCAGCUCAAGUAAGCAGAAAGACUAUCUGGAGCAGGGCUGUCCCAAGGCUAUCAAAACCGAGCAUGCCGGCUACUCACACAUGUCAGAACUUCACCCCAGGAAUCUCAUGACAAAUGUCCCUCUCCCAGUGAAGUCUGAACCUCACGAAGUGGACAAGGGCUUUAGAAUGGACACCGAAGACUUCCCCGGCCCCGAGUUGCCUCCUCCGGCCACAGAGGUCACCCCUAGUGUGCAGCAGGCACAGAACGUGAAGCCCCCCACCUCUGGCCCCAUGGAGGAGGCCAUCUCCUUGGCUGCAGACCCCCUGAAAAGAGUCCCCAGCGCAGGGAGCUCCGGCUGCCGUCUCUCAUCCGUGGAGGCUAACAAUCCACUGGUGACACAGCUACUCCAGGGCAACCUGCCUUUGGAGAAAGUGUUGCCUCAGCCCAGACUGGGAGCCAAGCUCGAAAUUAACAGGCUUCCUCUGCCUCUUCAAACUACCUCAGCGGGUAAAACAGCACCAGAGAGGAACAUUGUAGAAAUGCCAUCCAGCUCUCCAAACCCAGACGGGAAGGGCUACCUGGCAGGGACCCUUGCACCACUGCAAAUGAGAAAACGAGAAAACCACCCCAAAAAGAGAGUCGCCAGGACGGUGGGGGAACACACACAAGUUAAAUGUGAGCCAGGGAAGUUGUUGGUGGAGCCGGAUGUUAAAGGGGUGCCUUGUGUCAUCAACUCGGGCAUGAACCAGCUAGGACACGGCCAGCCAUUUAAGCAAGAGUGGCUGAACAAGCACUCCAUGCAGAACCGAAUUGUUCACAGCCCCGAGGUCAAACAGCAAAAGCGGCUGCUCCCUUCCUGUAGCUUCCAGCAGAACCUGUUUCACGUCGACAAGAAUGGCAGCUUCCACCCCGAUGCGGGUACCUCACACCGACAGCAGUUUUACCAAAUGCCCGUGGCUGCCCGGGGCCCCAUCCCUAGCGCGGCGCUGUUACAGGCCUCUGCCAAGACCCCAGUGGGCUGUAACGCAUUUGCCUUCAACAGGCAUCUCGAACAAAAGGGCCUGGGAGAGGUUGGCCUUUCCUCAGCACCUCACCAGCUAAGGUUAGCCAACAUGAUAUCCCCCAACAUGCCCGUCAAAGAAGGCGAUGACGUGGGAGGGGCCGUGCACGCACUGCCAAACAAAGCACUGGUGCAUCCCCCACCCCCUCCCCCUCCCCCCCCUCCACCCUUGGCUUUGCCCCCGCCCCCCCCACCGCCACCUCCACUACCUCCACCUCUUCCUAACGCAGAAGUCCCAUCCGAUCAAAAGCAACCGCCAGUUACCAUGGAAACCACUAAGAGACUUAGUUGGCCACAGUCCACGGGCAUAUGUAGCAAUAUAAAAUCGGAACCUCUUUCUUUUGAGGAAGGUUUAAGCAGCAGCUGUGAACUGGGCAUGAAACAAGUUUCCUAUGACCAGAAUGAAAUGAAAGAACAGUUAAAAGCAUUUGCGCUAAAAAAUGCAGAUUUCUCUUCCUAUUUGCUUUCUGAGCCACAAAAGCCUUUUACCCAAUUAGCUGCUCAGAAAAUGCAGGUGCAGCAACAACAGCAGCUCUGUGGAAAUUAUCCAACAAUCCACUUUGGUAGCACAAGCUUCAAAAGGGCGGCAUCUGCGAUUGAGAAGUCCAUCGGGAUUUUGGGAAGCGGCUCCGGCCCUGCCGCGGGCCUGCCCGGUCAGAAUGCUCAGAUGCCCGUGCAGAACUUUGCCGACAGCAGCAACGCGGAGGAGUUGGAACUGAAAUGCUCUUGCCGGCUGAAAGCCAUGAUCGUGUGCAAAGGCUGUGGGGCCUUCUGCCACGACGACUGCAUAGGUCCCUCCAAACUCUGUGUGGCUUGCCUGGUGGUGCGGUAAGAGCUGGUGAGAGAUGCAGUAUCCCUUUUCAGCACGGAAAAGCCAAACGGCAUCAGCAGCAACAAGUUGAGUAACUCAGUGGUUUAUAUCGUGAUAAUUUAUUUUACUUUGGAACAGAUUAUCUUUUCUCUCUGGGAUUAUUUACUUGCAUUUCCCAGAAAGGGGAGGUCGCGUCCCAGCCGAGGGGCUUAGCAGCAUGUCUUUUACAGAUUAAGUUGCCAUUCCCAGCUUUGGAAAAUCUCUGUCCAUGUGUAUACAGGUCACUACCCCAUUCGUUAUUAUUAUUAUUAUUAUUAUUAUUUUUAAUCCAGGUGUAGUUAGGGAAAGGACAUUUUUAAUUACUUACUGCUAACCAGAAAUGCAGAUGUAGAAAGAGAACGGAAAAAGUGAUUUAAGGUGGUUGGUUAUUCAUUCUCCUGUAGACUAACCAUUGCAACGAGGGUUUUCAGAAUUGACUCUUCUGGACCUACCUUUACCACAGUGGUUCAAUCGUAUUUGGAAAGGGGAAUCUUAUUUAAAUGUCUGAUUCCUUGUAUUUGCUCAUAUCUCAAAAGAUACAUUAAAGGAGGUAUGCCGUUCAUGAA